UUUUCCAACAACCAAAAGCCCAAAUUCUCUGCUGUCACACUACACUACCCAUCUUCAUCCUAUUCAGUAACCCCUCCCUUAAACCCCAACCACCACCACAAACCACCGCCGCCGCCGCCGCCGCUCAGCCACCAUGCAGGCCUCCUUCCUACUCCCCCACUCACCACCACCAACAUCCCUCAGGACCCAAUUCCCACCAUCCUCCGCCCACCUCAAACCCCCCUCCUCCUUCACAAUCCGCGCCGCCACCACCGAAACCGACGUCCCACCGCCCCCGGCGGCGGCCGCGGCCGCGAAUCUCAACAAGUACAGCUCGAGAAUCACGGAGCCCAAGUCGCAGGGCGGCUCCCAGGCGAUCCUCUACGGCGUGGGCCUGUCGGAUGACGACAUGCACAAACCCCAGGUGGGGAUUUCUUCGGUCUGGUACGAGGGCAACACCUGCAACAUGCAUUUGCUGAAGCUCGCCGAGGCGGUGAAGGAAGGCGUCGAGAACGCCGGGAUGGUCGGGUUCAGGUUCAACACCAUCGGCGUGAGCGACGCCAUUUCAAUGGGGACCAGAGGCAUGUGCUACAGUCUGCAAUCGAGGGAUUUGAUCGCCGACAGCAUCGAGACCGUCAUGGCUGCUCAGUGGUACGACGGCAACAUCUCCAUCCCCGGCUGCGACAAGAACAUGCCAGGUACUAUUAUGGCUAUGGGAAGACUGAAUCGACCGAGCAUUAUGGUCUACGGUGGAACAAUUAAGCCAGGUCAUUUUCAAGGUCACACAUAUGAUAUAGUAUCCGCUUUCCAGGUUUAUGGAGAGUACGUGAAUGGUACUGUAAGCGACGAAGAAAGGAUGGCAGUAGUUCGUAAUUCUUGCCCUGGAGCAGGGGCGUGUGGUGGAAUGUACACCGCAAACACAAUGGCCUCAGCUAUUGAAACAAUGGGCAUGUCUCUUCCUUACAGUUCUUCGACCCCAGCAGAAGACCCUCUGAAAUUAGAUGAAUGCCGCCUCGCUGGCAAAUAUUUGCUAGAGUUGCUUAAACUCGAUUUGAAGCCUCGUGACAUCAUCACCCCUAAAUCCAUACGUAAUGCGAUGGUUAUGGUGAUGGCGCUCGGUGGGUCCACUAAUGCAGUUUUGCAUUUAAUUGCCAUUGCAAGGUCUGUUGGUCUGAAAUUAACUCUAGAUGAUUUCCAAAAGGUCAGCGAUCAAGUUCCGUUUCUUGCAGAUCUUAAGCCUAGCGGUAAAUAUGUUAUGGAAGAUGUACACAAGAUUGGAGGUACACCUGCAAUCAUUCGAAUGUUAUUGGAACUCGGGUUUUUAGACGGGGAUUGUCUUACAGUGACGGGACAAACUUUGGCUGAGAAUGCGAAGCUAUUUCCUGCCCUGUCCGAAGGACAGCAAAUAAUUAGGCCCUUGUCAAACCCGAUCAAAGAAACUGGUCACAUACAGAUACUGUACGGCAAUCUUGCACCAGAAGGCUCUGUGGCUAAAAUCACCGGGAAAGAAGGGUUAUACUUCUCAGGCCCUGCACUCGUAUUUGAAGGAGAAGAAUCUAUGAUCGCAGCUAUCUCCGAGAAUCCAACAAGUUUUAAGGGGAAAGUAGUUGUUAUUAGAGGAGAAGGACCCAAAGGUGGUCCUGGCAUGCCUGAAAUGCUGACCCCGACUAGUGCAAUAAUGGGGGCUGGACUUGGCAAGGAAGUUGCGUUGCUAACUGAUGGAAGGUUUUCUGGAGGCUCGCACGGUUAUGUGGUGGGCCACAUUUGUCCCGAGGCGCAGGAAGGGGGUCCGAUUGGUCUGAUUGAGAAUGGAGACAUUAUCACAAUAGACAUUAAGAAUCGAAGAAUGGAUGUGAAGCUAACAGACGAGGAGUUGAAUGAGCGCAGAAAGAGGUGGGCCCCACCUGCUUACAAGGCUGAUCGAGGAGUUCUUUACAAGUACAUUAAGAAUGUACUUUCGGCCUCGAAUGGAUGUGUGACGGAUGAAUAGAAGAUUGGAAGGUUCCGUAGGACAUAUAGAGAUGGUUCGCUUUCUUCGAUCAAUGAUUCUUCAUAAGCCUACAAAUUUGGUAUUUAUCUGUGCGGCUAUUUUUGAAUUUUACGAGUUUGUGCUCGACUUUUUUUCCGUGUAUUCGGACUAAUCGAUGAUGUAUCGUUCUCCUGUAUUGUAAGAUCUAAUUAUGGAGAGUAAUGGCCAAUGUAAGCGGAUCAUUUUUUUUUUUAAUAUUAUUUAUUUAUGUUGAAUUG